GUAAAAAUACGUUGAAAAAGGAGUGAAGCUAAAAAACCAAACGGUGUUGGGGUGUUAGGUGUAUACUGUGUAUACCAAGAUGUAUAGCAAGAAGAAUGUGUUGAUCAAGCACUUAUCAUCUUAGAUCACCAACACUUUUUUAAGCUCCUAAACGCUCACCUAAGUAUCUUUAGAGUUUAGUUUCCUCUUGAUCUAUAUAACUAGAAAAUCACAAGAGCAUUCCAUGUUCGCCAAAUCUUGAAUAGAAGACAUGACUGAAUAGCUUUAAGCAUCAACCUCUUGCUCAUAGUGAAAACACCUAAUUAAGUAGCAUAGAUGAUGUUUACUCCUCGUGAAAUCACCUAAUUAAGUAGCAUAGUUAUGCCUGUUUCCCGUUAUUUUGUUUCCCACCUUCAUAGACCUUCAUCUUCAGGGAGCUUCACCUUCACCCGACCUUUACCUUCACCUUCACCUUCACUUAAUCUCGGAAUCUUCUUCUACGUUCACCUGCGACUUUCACCUGGCAUCUAUCAACUUCUACGAUCGCUCACCUUCUUCCUUUUGAUCGAUCACUUGCGACCAUCAUCAUUUCAGAAGUUCGAUAACUUUCAGCUUUGAUCGUCGUUUCAGUAGUUUGAGUGGAAGAACCCUACAAUAAAAGAUGGCGGGAGAUGGCGGAGAUAGAUCAUUGGAGGAGACGCCAACAUGGGCGGUCGGCCUCGUCACUUUAGUUAUGGUUGGAGUUUCGGUUCUCAUCGAGUACAUCAUCCAUCUUAUAGGGAAGUGGUUGAAGUCCAAACAUAAAAGAGCGUUAAAUGAAGCUCUAGAAAAGAUCAAAUCAGAGCUGAUGCUGCUGGGAUUCAUAUCAUUGAUGCUGACAGUUUUGCAAAGCCCAAUUUCGAAAAUAUGCAUCUCCGCGAAACUCGGGAACACGUGGCUUCCUUGCACCAAUAAGCAAGAGCACAAGUUAGAGGACUCCAAACACGAAUCUUUAUGGGACGAGAUUAACGGCCGCCGGAGACUUCUUAUCAGCGGAGGAACGCGGCGGGUUCUGGCGGCUGCGGACAAAUGUGCUUCCAAGGGAAAAGUGCCGCUAGUGUCUCUAGAUGGUGUUCACCAGUUACAUAUGUUUAUAUUCGUUUUAGCAAUUUUCCAUGUACUUUAUUGCGUUACAACUCUGGUUUUGGGGAGAGCCAAGAUGAGAAGGUGGAAAGUAUGGGAGAAGGAAACUAGAACAGCAGAAUACAAAUUCAAUAAUGAUCCUGAAAGAUUUCGGUUUGCAAGAGAGACAACAUUUGGGAGAAGACAUUUGAGCUUUUGGACAACAACACCCAGUCUGCUUUGGUUUGUCUGUUUCUUUCGCCAAUUCAUACGCUCUGUUCCAAAAGUUGAUUAUCUAACCCUCAGACAUGGAUUUAUCAUGGCUCAUUUGACACCUCAAAGUGAGGCAAAGUUCGAUUUUCAGAAAUAUAUCAAUAGAUCUCUAGAAAAAGAUUUCAAGGUGGUGGUUGGAAUAAGUCCUCCGAUGUGGCUGUUUGCAGUUUUCUUCCUUUUAUUCAAUACUCACGGCUGGUAUUCCUAUUUAUGGCUUCCAUUUCUUCCCCUGAUUAUUAUACUUUUGGUUGGCACCAAGUUACAAGUGAUCAUCACAAAGAUGGGGCUAAGGAUUCAGGAUAGAAAUGAAAUUGUGAAGGGAGUUCCUAUUGUUGAGCCGAAUGAUGAUCUUUUCUGGUUCAACCAUCCUCGACUCCUUCUCUUUCUCAUUAACUUCGUUCUUUUUCAAAAUGCAUUUGAGCUCGCUUUCUUCGCUUGGACUUGGUAUACGUUUGGGCUGAGAUCAUGUUUCCAUGACCAUGUGGAGGAUAUCAUUAUCAGAUUCGUAAUGGGUGUUCUCAUACAAGUUCUAUGCAGUUACGUCACCCUGCCUCUAUAUGCCCUUGUGACCCAGAUGGGUACCAAUAUGAAGCCAACCAUUUUCAAUGAGAAAGUUGCUACUGCAUUGAAAGGAUGGCACCACACAGCAAAGAAACGAAUAAAAGAUCAAAGUAAUAAGAAUGACAGCGCAAGCAUUACUCCCACAUCAAGCCGCCCAGGAACCCCAUCUCGCCAUGGCAUGAGUCCGAUGCACCCCCGAAAUCGAAGUUACUACCAAAGUGAAAUUGACAUGAUGAGUAGCGCUCAAUCAACUGUGCAUGAUAAAUCUGAUUUCGAUGACUUAAAAGAGAAUUGGGGUGGGGCAAAUGACAAUGCUGAUAGGAUUGAUAGCUCAAAAUCUCCCUCUCGGUUGUUCUCCAACCAUGGCGAUGGACGACAAUCACCACAGCAUGAAAUGUCAUCCUCUUCUUCUUUGAACCACACGGCGCACAAGCAUGAUGAUAAUAAUGUAGAAUUAAAGAUUGAUGAUGAUACCACCACCUCAUUGGAGAUUACUCAUGUGCCACUGUCGCAACGUGAGGUUAAUGUUAAGGAACAAAUCGAUUUUUCUUUUGAUAAAAGAUUAGAUUGAACUUGAGAAACUUAACAAUGUAUUAUAAACAAUAAAAUGGCUACUUUUGAUCCUACCAGUUUGGUGCACAAAAAGUUGGAGCAAACCAAUCUUGUUUGACAUGGAAUCUUUAGGCGAUUCCAUAUUAUCCCUG